AUGUUGUUCGUAAUUGAUGAAGCUGACAACCAAAGAAAGGAGGAUAGAAAGGGCAUAAGAAAGGAGCAAAGAAACAAGGUGCUCCAAAGGCGAAGGUUAGCAACUGCCACUCACUCUACAAAAGAUGAGCCUGUACAACAUGAAUACACCGCAACAACUUCACAUCCUGAGGUUUUGCAACCCAUUUCUACGAAUCCAGAGGUAACCUUUAAGAUUCCUGUCUCACUUCCUAUUCUCAAUGAUUUUUUUGAAGAUGUCUCUAUUCCCUCUCCUACUACUGCUAUUUCAACACCUAUCUCCAUUGCCCCAUGCCCACCUAUUUCGUUGGGCAUUUCUCAAUCCCCACCUCCUAUUUUCACCGAUUCUACUAACACACCAACAACCACGGUUGAACCUCCUGUCACUGUGAACACAUCUGAUGUGGGGCAAGGGAUUCAGGAUUCACUUACAAUCCUUUUAACAUUUGGAUUGAAAGUGAUGACGAAGCUCCUAUCACAUGAAAAUGCUUGUGCGUUCAUGGAGAAAUUCCAAAGCUCAUUUGAGUACAACAUCGUGAAGGCUAAUGAGGUUAUUUCUAGCCUGGGCUCAACUCUUAAAAUUGAGAAGGUGAAACUUGAAGAGGUUCACACUGGUCUUUUAUCUGACCAUAUUGAGUUCAAUGUUAAUGGACUACUUUAUGAUAUUAUUGAAACUUGUGACUCAAUGAUCAUGGUCAAGAAGCAUCUUUCAGAGAAACUCGGGCCAGUUUUUGCUAUGCUCAAUCGCCUGGAGAGUGUUCCGAAAUUUGGCUCAAUUCUGAAACAAGUGGGAGAAGAAGACAUUGGUGUUGAUCACUUAAUCCUCUCCUUCUACCUAAAGAAUAUGAAGACACAAUAUGAGACGUGGAGUGCGAGAAAGAUUAUGGCUGUGAACAUCACUGGUCCAAUCGAAACAACAAGCUUCCCAAAUGCAACGUUUAAGGUUUCAAGAGGUUCGUCCAGUCAAUUCUGCAAAUUCACACUCACUGAUCUGCCAUGCCUUAACCUAUAUGAUUGGAUCAUGCUUUAUAGCUUUUUAUAG